AUGCAUUUUCUUCUCAUUUUCGUUUGGCGUUCAAAGAAAAAUGGUUAUUCAAUGAUAUUUAAUGAAUAUCAAUCGGAAAAGAUCAGGAAAAUUUUUAAGAAACAUUCAUCGGAUGAAUCGUUGGAUAAUUCGGAGCCACGUAUGAUCGCAAAUUCGAAAAGCGAAAAUGUUAGACGCAAUCAGCUCGUCAGUGUACAACCAUCUUUACUGCAAUUUUCAAUUCCAAUGCUGGCUGCAUUUAAUCCAUUUCAAUUGAAACAUCAAAUUAUAGGAGCGAAGGAUGUUUCCAGUCAACUCACAGAUUGGCUUCAACCAUUGCGUAACAAUCUAUUCAGACCACCUUCAUUAUCCAAUACUCCCUUACUUAGCACCGUUCAAGCAAAUCCAAUGACAGCUAAUCUAACACAUCUUAGCAAAUUAAUGGACGGUAGUGGUCUUUUUCGAAAGUUGGCGGAUUAUGAAAAAAAACGUGAAGAAAUGUUGAAAAAUGUUGGAUUUGUGACAAGUGCGCCAAAUGAUCUAAUUAUUCCUGAAAAAGAUACUAAAGAUAAUACUAAAGGAGAUGAUUUAUCAAUCAAUACGAACAAUGAACCGUUAGAUGGUAAUAAUGUUAGUGGUAUGACAGAACCAAUAACGAUUGAUUAUGGUACUGAUUUGACAAUGGGAAAGAUUCCGGAAAUGGAAAAAAGUGAUGAAAUUACUACAAGAAGUGCUGGUAGUAGCAGAAAUUUAAUGGAAGAAAAAAAACUACAAAAUGAUCCAUUUUGGAAACAUUUCCUUCAAAUCAAUGAGACGGACAAUGGGACACAAAAUUCAUUAGGUGAUUUGAAAGAAGUGGUCACUACGCUUAAUCUUUCGCAAGCACAAACUGCUGCAUUUGUAAGAAUCAUUGAAAAAAUUGUCGAUGUAGAACUUAAAAGACGUCGUGAUGAAGAGGCGUCAAAAUUAAACUUCACUCAAACAUCAGAAAAACCAAAAUUAGUUGCUGCCAAAUUCCAUGAAGUCGAUAAUGAAUCUGAAAAAGAUAUCGAUAAUCAUUACGACGAAGAAAUCAGACCGCACGAAAAAUUUACGCCAAAUACACGGUUGAGUUUUGAUGAACAACAUAUCAAUGUUGAUUAUCAUAACGGAGAAGAUGGAAUUUCGGAAUCGUUAGUUGCAGGCCCAAUGAAAUUAGAUUCUCGUGAAGCUAGGUGGAAGAUAGGUUAUAUAGCACGUGAACAAGCUGAAUAUGAUCGAUUAGUAAGCGGAAUUACUGAUACAACUUCGGGAUCAGAUCAUUUAGAAAUUAAACAUAUUCAAAGUACCAAUCAGGGAUUGCUAAGGACGACAGUUGAAAGUACAAGUACCGAAGAACCACGAACAAGCAAUUCAAUGAUUUAUGAGACGAUAGGAUUACAACCAAUUGAACAACCUUACAUACCGAAAAGAACAACAAUAAUUUACGGCAAAGCAACAUCAAUUCCGAGGACAGUAUUCGAACGACAAGCAGAAGAUUUUCGAAGUCGACUGCUUGGAAUUAACGGUUUCGGUGAUAUUAUUAAGGCAUUGAAACAUGCUAAAAUUGGAUUUUUUGAAAGAUCAAUUGAUAUUGUUCCGAUCUAA